GCCCAAGGCCGACGAACUGAGCGCCCUGAAGAAGAAGAGAAAGAGAAAAGCCAAGAAGGCGAACAAGGCGAAAGAGUCCACGAAUGGGAACACCAAGUCCAGUGGAGCGAACGGGGCAGCAGGCCAAGACCGACAUCCCAUGCUGUGCAUUAGCAGGAACAAACACUGGCGUUACAUUAGCUCCUACCAUGGCCCGUGGUUGCAGCUUCCCGUGGAGCUUCUCGAGUCACUCCUUGUUCUGAACCUCGACCCGGUCACACUGUCCUCCCCCGGUAUCCGACUCCCAUCACUUCCUCCGUCUCUAUCCUCCAAGUCGACCUCGAGGCCGCGUGACCGGGGUUACGCAAGCCUUGGAGACCACUCGCCGCCCGAUUCACCGCGCAGUGCGUUCGCCAACCUCCCAACGCCUCCUCCAUUCCCGAUGCCCGAGCCAGGCAAGGCUACUCCCCCUCCCAUCGACCCGGGCGUCUUCCGCUCCGUCACCACCAUUCGUCGAUUGAUCGAUGAAGCAUCUGAACUAUCCGUCCGUGCAAGUUCCGGACUUUCCGCGGUGGCGCUGGGCUCGCUCAAAGGCGUAGGUGCCGGUAUGAAUGCGAGCCCUUGGGCCACUGCACAGUCACUAGGAUUGAACCCGUUAGGGGAAGGUAACGGAGGAAGAAAUUUUGCGAUGUCAUCAACGCGAGUGCAUCGGCUACGUGCGCUGGCCGUGCAGAAGCUGGCUGCUGCAUAUAGAAUGGACGAGAUCGCUUCCAGCGUCAUGGUCAUGCAAGGAGGAAGCGUCUUUGAUGAUAUUGCAGAGCAUGUGCUGAGAUUUGACCCGAACGAUGUUGAUGCAAGAUAUGUGCACUUUUUCCAUGAGAAGAUACCCUCUCGGCAACUAGCCGAGUCUACAACAACUACUCUACUUGACGAGCUAAUAGCUGCACAUCCACAACGCCUCGAGUUCUACCGCACGCGCGGCAUCGUUCACUGCUUCCGCGACGAAUACGCACUCGCCGUAAAGGAUUUUUCACAUGCCCUCAAGGAGGCUCGUGCCACGCGCAGAGCGAAGCACGCUCACCAUAAUAACAUGUCCGGGGAGAAACAGCGUGGCAAGGGACACAAGAAGAAAGGCAAGUCGAGCGGUGGAAAAAGCAAUGGCCAGGCGCCUCCCAACGGAACGUGCCCCAGCGCGUCCUUCGGUGACCUUCCCAUCGUCGACGGGCCGGACGGUGAACCAAUCCUAUUUCACCCGUCCGUCCUGCCUGAUGCCCCAGAGCCCAUCGAGCCCCAAUGUCUCUUCCUGCGCGCCGCUGCUUAUCUACAGCACGCUGUCUUCCUCAUUGAGGAGGCGAUCCUCAAGCUCGAGAACAUCCGUAAGGCGCCCACCGCCGACGGCGGGGAGCUGCGGCUCUGCUACAUCGAGAACGGACGCUACGGCGGCGUCGAGAUGGGACACCCGGAUGGACCGCUGGGCAAGAAGGACGGCCUGAAACUCUCUGCAUACAAGCAGGUGCUUGCAGAGCCAAGCUUCCAGGAGCAGAUCAUGACGCUUGUGAAGAAGAGCAUGCGUGACCACGAGAAGUUCUUGUCGCAUUUUGACUCGCUGGAGGGCGCGCCGAAUGCCGCUACCACUGGGGACAUCGCAUCCCGCGCUGAGCAUGCGUUUCUGCUCUCAGAGUCGCUCCGCCCCGGAAGCCAGGCCAAGCUCCACCAUCUGUCGGACGGUCCUGCAACGUUCACGACGUACCACCCGCUGCUCAUCGAAUCCCAUUACAGCAUUCUCACUUGCUUGCUCAUGCUAGGCGACUUCCCCUCUCUCUUGCAGACGUUCACGCGCACGGCAUCGGUCGUUGACGGACUGGAGGGGUAUCCGGUGUUCCUGCCUCCGCGCUCCAUGGCACAAGCAGAGUUCGUGGAGGUGCUCGAGCGCCUCGCGAGCGGGUGGAAGAACGGUAUUCAGCCACACUCGCUCAGCCAAUCAGGGUCCGGAUCCGGCUUGAGGCUCGCGAUCGAGAGCCCAACAGCCUCCGCCAAAGCAAAGGAGGUCGAACGCGUGCCCACGCCUCCGUCCCCUGACUGCGACCGCCUCGCAUCGUCCACCUCCACGCUCUCCAUAGGGAUCAACGGCUCGAGCUCCAGCACGACCGUACACGCAUCGCCCUCCGUGUCCGGCCGCAACACGCCGUCGAGCAGCUCGGACAGGGUGGACCUGGUAGAGGUGCUGAGUUGUGCGCGGAUCCUGCUCGCUCCGGUGGCGAAGCGCCAGCGCGAGCGGGCGCAGAAGGCGGUGAUAAAAGGACAGAAGAAGCAGCUGAAUAUCAACAUUCCACUGCAUGGCCCGAGGGUGGAGAUCAUCUUGGCGUGGCUUGGGGCUGUGCAUUUGCCUGAGUUAGAUGCUGUUGCUUGAUUCGCUAUGAGUUGGCUAUUUGCUAGUGUCUUGGUGAUAUUGUGGCUUGGUAUAGGCUCCAUACCGUAUUGGCUGGUUCUGCCUUUGUCGGUUUUCUGUUGCAUCAGAAGGCUCAUUAUAUUCUAGCCGGAUCGAUUUAGCUAGAUGAAUAUUUGUCCAGACGCAUUACUGUAUCUUGCCAUGCUUUUUCUGUAAAGAUGUUAUUUCCGCUCUCGCCUUGGAAGCUAUCGCCGAAAGGUAGCGAUUGACUGGGGGCAGGAUAACUACCGUAGCGAACGCAACGGCCGCCAUGAGGAAUAGCAAGACUGGCGCAACAGAAAUCGGCAGGACGCCGAGGUAAAGCGGCUCGAGUUUCAACAUGAACGGGACUGGCUGCACGGAAUCUUGGUAGCCGAAUGUUGG